GUCAUAAAUAUAGCUAAGUACAGCAUAUUUAAAUAUGCUGUAAACUUAUACGCCGGUACUCCACUUUUCGAAUUGGCUCCAAUUAUAAAUCUUAUCUAGCCUUAUCGCGCGCGGCACCGAUGAUAAUGCUUUGUCGAUCGAUGACGCAUCUAAAAAUUAUACCGUAGGCGUAAUAUAUCAAUUUCGGUGGUUGUCGCGAUCAUAAGCAGUCGCGAGACUUUGCAAAUAUGUUGUCGAUAAAUCGAGAAAACGAACCGAGGAUUAGUGUCUUUGACAAUUACUAUGACGGCAGCAGCUCUGAAUUCGACGAAACUGAAGAAGAAAGUUUGCAGAAGGACAUUCUAUCAUGGGACGUAUUCGAAUGUCUUCCUCCACCAGAAAGUGGAUCUAUGCAAAAUAACAAAUUUUUCGAGAUCGUCAUUUGGAUCUUAAAGAUAUUCAUUUAUGGAUUGUUAUUUACUAUUGUUUUAUGCAGCGGUAUCGCAUCUAAAUUUGCGGUCCUAUUGGCCACCGCGCAACUACAAAAAAAUCAAUUGUUACCCUCUUGUAACCAUACGACUUUAGAAUUAGAGGAGCUUUCUACUGAACACAUGCAGAAAAAUGGCCGUAUAGAAUGGACAUGGUGUUUGAUUCUCAUAUUUCUUGUGCCGGAAUGCAUCGGGGUGUUAAACACCUUAUGGCACUAUCUAUUCAAAAGGAAACCAAAAAUGCCAAAGAAACGAAACAUUUUGCUUAUGAUCCUGAUAGACACGCUUCACACGAUCGGUUUAGUGUUGUUAAUUUUUAUCAUUCUACCGAAAAUCGGUAUGGUGCAAGGCGCUGCAAUUUUCUGUUGUCUAUGUUUUGUACCAGGAUUGUUAAAUCUACUUUCGCGAAAUAAAGAGAGUCGGAAUGUAUCGAUAAGCAAAAUAAGAUUGCUAAAAAUUUUUGAUGUACUGGCAUUGAUCGCCCAAGUCAGUGGAAUGUUAUGGCCUUUGAUCCUUAAUUUAGUCAAAGAUAAUGUCGAUAAAACAUUGAUGUGGAUUUCUCCCAUUGCUUUCGUGUUGUGCUCAGUUCGCUGGUGGAGCAACUUUGUGUCGUCCCACAGCAACAUUGGUUUGGUCCGAUUCUUAUUUCAUGCGAAAGAAGAUCUUCAACCAGGUCAACACGUCGUACAAGGAUAUGUUUCAAUUUGGAGGAUAUUCAUUUUUAUCGCAGGUGCUCUCGUUGUUAACAAUUGCGAAGAAAUAGAUGCCAGAAGCUUCUUCUUACCGAAUUUUGAAACCCGUACACCUCUUUAUAUCUUUGCGAUUCAAGCUGUUUGCGCCAUGACGAUGUAUCAAUCUUGCAAAUUCGCUUACAGAACCCAUAUGCACCAGUUUGGUUUCGCAUUUCCAACAAAUCUGGCUAGCCUAGGGGCGGUGUGUUUGACAGUAACAUUGUGCAUCGCCAGGAACAACAACAUUUGUGCUUUUUACAAAGUAACUCCAGACUAUCUUUUCUUCAAGGAAUGUCUCUUCCUCCAAGGAAAUUGGGGCGACUUUCUUUCUAAGUGGUACAUUUGGUUCUGGCUGACAUGGCUCAUGUCACAAUUAUGGAUCACAAUGCACCUGUGGACCACCGAAAACGAAAGACUAGCAUUAGCAGAAAGGAUCUUCUCUACAAUCACUUACGAUUCGCUUAUGAUUGACCAAUGUUUAGCUUUAAAUAGAAAGACGCAGAAUGAAAAUAUCGCGCAAGAUCUGCACGAAGAGGAAAACUGCAAAAAUACUCAACUUUCAAAUGGCGACAUAAGGCUCGAAGCUACCGAUGUUAGCUUAAAUGUUGCAGGAAGGAUCGAACAAGAUUUUGACAAAGAUGAUCCGGAUACAGCAGUUAAUAAACGUAAAGAUCGAGUUACGAGAAUCUAUGCGUGCGCUACAAUGUGGCACGAAGAGAAGAGCGAGAUGAAUCAUUUGGUAGGCAGUAUUCUGCGAUUAGACAAGGAUCAAUGUGCAAUACGCGUCACGCAAAAAUAUUACAAAGUUCACAUCGAGGACUAUUAUGAAUUGGAAACGCACAUUUUCUUCGACGAUGCAUUUUGCUGCAUGCACGGCUGUGUUGGUUUGUGCAAUCAUGAUGAAAAUGAAACGCAAGUUAAUCAAUAUGUGAUUACGCUCGUGGAGACGGUCCAAACAAACGUGGAGAACUUAUGUAUGCGUUCUUCACCGCCUACUAAAUAUCCGACACCUUACGGGGGUCGUCUUGUGUGGACUUUGCCGGGAAAAACUAACUUGGUAGUUCAUCUGAAAGAUAAAAAUAAAAUUAGACACAGGAAACGAUGGAGUCAAGUCAUGUAUAUGUAUUAUCUUUUGGGCCAUCGUCUAAUGGGACUACCGAUCGACAGGGAUCGGAAAGAGAUUAUUUCUGAGAACACGUACAUUCUUACAUUGGACGGAGAUAUUGACUUUCGACCGGGAGCUGUUAAAGUUCUGGUGGAUCUGAUGAAAAAAGAUAAAGAUCUUGGUGCUGCAUGUGGUCGAAUACAUCCAGUCGGAUCAGGUCCUAUGGUUUGGUUCCAAAAAUUCGAGUAUGCUAUUGGUCAUUGGCUGCAAAAAUCUACAGAACACACGAUCGGUUGUGUUUUAUGCAGUCCUGGCUGUUUUUCGCUUUUCAGAGCGAAAGCAUUAAAGCAGCCCAACGUGAUGGCGAAAUAUGCUACCAAGUCAACCGAAGCCAGGCAUUACAUUCAGUACGACCAAGGUGAGGAUCGAUGGCUCUGUACGUUGCUUCUUCAAGUGGGUUCCCGGGUCGAAUAUUCAGCAGCGAGUGAUGCGUAUACACAUGCACCAGAACUCUUUAAAGACUUUUAUAUACAACGGCGCAGAUGGAUUCCUUCCACCGUCGCAAAUAUUUUCGACUUGUUGAUGACAGCUAAAGAGACGAGAAAAGUGAAUAACGAUAUCUCAUGGUUGUACAUUGCUUAUCAGUGGAUUCUAAUGGGAAGUACAAUCCUGGGACCAGGUACGAUAUUUUUGAUGCUGGUUGGCGCGUUCGUCGCCGCAUUUCAUAUCGACAAUUGGACCAGCUUUUGGUACAAUCUAAUCCCAAUUGGUGUAUUUGUCGGAGUUUGCUUCACCUGCAAGGAGCGGAUGCAGUUAUUAGUAGCCGAGAUUAUCAGCGCUAUAUAUGGUCUAGUGAUGGUAAUCGUUCUGGUAGGAAUUAUGUUGCAAAUCGCAGAAGAUGGAUGGCUCGCGCCCAGUAGUCUUCUUUUUUUCAUUGUUGCAUGCCAAAUGACAAUAGCUGGUCUAUUACACCCUCAGGAAGCAACUUGUCUAUUGUGCGGAGUUAUUUAUUAUAUUACUGUGCCAUCUAUGUACAUGUUGUUAAUCAUCUUUUCCGUAUUCAACGUACAUAAUGUUACAUGGGGUACACGUGAUUCGAAGAAACUGAAUAUCACUUCUCAAGAUGAGCAGAGAUCCGCAGCGAUCAGCAAUUUAUUUGGAUUUAUGAUACGAAAAAGAGAUAGGCAAGAUAAAAAUGAAAAAGGUACAUUGGAAUUUUUCUUGGGAGAUCUUUUCAAAUGCGUCUGUUGCAUUCAUUCAGGAAUUAGUUACGAAGAGAAGCGACUGAAUGAAAUCAACGAAUCCCUACAACAGAUAAACAAACGUCUGAACUUACUAGACAGAUUACAUGCAGUAAACAUGGAAGCUAACAAUGUUGCUCAAUCAUCUCCCAAUGUUAAUAUGUAUCCAAGACCAUAUUAUCCAAUGGAAGAAACAAUAGAAGAGGAAAUACAUGAAGGAAUCGAAUUACAACAUAUAACUGAUAAAAGUAACCAAGAAAAUGUUAUCUACAAGGAUGACGAUGACGACGAAAGUGACGUUCUGACGCAAGUGUCAAUAACAUCGAGCCAAGAUCAGUCUAGUUAUCUCAUUAGUCCUUACUGGCUUCAAGACGAAAGACUGCGAAGAGGUAUAGUAGAUUUCUUGUCGAACGAUGAAGAAGAAUUUUGGAAAGAUCUGAUUGGAAAAUAUUUGCGACCUAUUGAAAGUGAUGAAGAGAGUCAAAACAAAAUAACUCAAGAACUGAUGAACUGUCGUGAUGCAUAUUUAUUAAAAUUCUUCAUGUUAAAUGCUUUGUUUGUGCUAAUUGUGUUUCUUAUGCAGUUAAACAAAGAUAGAUUGCAUUUGCAAUGGCCGCUUGGAAUGAAGUAUAAUGUUACAUAUUAUUCACAAGGAAAUGAGGUACAUUUAACAAAAGAAUAUUUAAGACUCGAACCGAUAGGAUGCGUAUUUAUUGCUGCAUUCAUCAGCAUAUUAGGUAUCCAGUUCUGCGCUAUGCUAAUUCAUCGAUUUGGUACGCUUUCACAUGUACUCGCUAAUACGAAACUUCCUUGUACUAAGAUGACUUCUUCGGAAGAUGACGUUUUCGAAAAGCACGCUAAUAAAAUAGCACAGUUACUUCAACGCAUGGCGGAGGAUGACGUAAUAUUCGAACAUAGACGAAGUACCGUAACUUCUUUCAAUAAGCGAAAUGCGCACGAAUUAAUUACGGAAAAUUCAAAGAGAUCAUUGAAGAUAUUGGGAAACUUUGAAAGGUUGUUUCGACGAAAGCUUCAUGAUCCAAGUUCAGGUUUAUCACAACGUAUGUCCUCGCAAAUGCCGAAAAGUGCAUUUAGUGUCUUUGAGCGGAGGCGAUCAACAAUUUUAGCAGAAAAAAGAAGAACACGCACUCGGGAAUCGCAUGACAUUUAUUAUGAUGCUGAUAAUUUGAGAUCUUCGAACGAUCAACCUUUUCAACCAGGACAAUCAAAUUCUCAUCAAUUUCAAUAUGAUAAUCCAGGAUUUAAGCGAGAUGAGAAUAUAUGAGAUAUACAAAUGUAUAUAAAACACACAAUUGCUAAGAGAUUUACAGUUCUCCGCAGCUUUGUCUUGAUCCAUUCUUAAGGUCAACAAUGCUUUCGUGAACAAUACUGUUGGCAUUAACAAUGCAAAUCAAGACACGGAGAAAACCCGUGAACCUCUUAGCAUUUUUAAAAAGAUUGCCUUAAACGUAAAAACUUUAAGAGCAAAACAUACAUUUAAUUUAUUUUGAAAUAUAAUGUAAAAAGAAAAUUUCUCACUUCUCAUAUUGCAAUCCUUAAACUUAUUACAUUAGUAUGUUAGUAAAUCAAAUAAAAAGUAAACAAUUUGGUAAAA